CGUUGGAUUAAGUUGAACAAGAGAUUUGAGAGAGAGAGAGAGCUGGGUUCAAAUGCUUUAAAUUUAAGCACCAUGAUAUUCAUAGUAGUACUAGUAGAAGUAGUAUCGUAGUGUUGCAUUGAUUCAGAUUUCAGAUCCAGUACGUGGGUCCCCAUAUUUUCUCCCCAUAUAGACGCACAGCAACGCAAGCAACUCAUCACCCUAACCUGGUUUGAUUUCUCUCUUUGCAGACCUAACACGUCUCCACUCCUAAUUACGCUUCCCCAAUAUCCCAUCACACUAACUAUAUAUAUAUAUAUAUUUCACCACUUCUCAGUUCUCAUUGGUGUUAAAUUCUGUGAUUUCCCUUCUCUUCUGAUCAAUCUCGAUAUUCGCUUUUCAUUUAUUUUUAUAUAUAUUUGGAUUCUUUCUUUGCCGUGCGUCGGUGAACGUGUAAGAGAAUUAAAGUGAGAGAAAGAAAUACAGAGAGAGAGAGAAGUGUAGUCAUUUAAUGGGCCGAGGAAGAAGAGGACGUGAAGACCUUAUUCCCUAAUUACCCUCCAAACAUUGGGAUUCAUCCCCCAAAAAAAUUUUAAAAGCCCAUUACCAUUAACGACGUCGUGUCCCUCCUCAACUCUCCCAUAAUUUCGUCUCCUUAUAUAUAUACAUAUAUUUUUUGUGGAAGUAAAUUGAUUAAGUAGUGAUAUGGGAAAUUGUCAAGCGGCAGAGGCGGCGACGGUGGUGAUUCAUCAUCCGGCGAAUAACAAAAUCGACCGGAUUUACUGGUCGGUGAGUGCUCAAGAAGUCAUGACAUCCAACCCAGGUCAUUACGUGGCUCUCGUCUUCACUUCACCGACCUUGAAAUCUGACAACGGUUCGCCAUUGAAGCAGCUCAAGCUUCUUCGACCCGAAGAUACCUUGUUGAUCGGUCAGGUUUAUCGUUUAAUCAGUUUUGAAGAUGUGUUGAAGGAGUUUGCAGCGAAGAAGAGCGUGAAACUAGGGAAGCUGUUGAAGGAGAGAGGAGGAGUUGGGCUUGGGCUUGGGCCGGAAACCAGGAAGAGAGAUUCGGGUACUGGCCCGAUUCCGAACAACACGAACUCACUCAAGUCGGAACCUGAGAUUCAUCGCAUGGGAAGAAACGACGUCGUCGUGGGUAGUAGUAGUAGUGGCAGAGGAUCAGUUGGGAGGCACUACGGAGUUAGUGGUGGGGGGCAAUGGAGACCAGCUUUGCAGAGCAUUUCAGAGGUUAUUGGAACUUGAGAAAUCAUCCACAUUAAAAUCCCUCCCUUCUCAUCUGUCCCCUUCAAACGACACCUCUCUCUUUGUCGUUCGUGUUCAUCGAAUCUCUUUCUCUCUCUCUUUGUAAUAAUAAAAACAAGCCAUAUAGCAUUAAUAGUUUACUUAUUUCCAUGAUGUUAUGAAUGAAUGAUUAGUCAUCUCAACUAACUGCUGCUAGCUUAGCUAGAUCGUUUCUAAUUUCUAUAUAUAUGUACUUAGAUAAUUAUUAAUCCUAUGUAUGUGUAAUACUCAAUUAGGUCGUGUUUACUAUAAAUAUUGUAAUUUAUUAUAUAUACUUGGUAUGACUUAAUUUUAACGUUAUAUUAUUCUCAA